CGUGAGUGGACUCAGAGUCCAGGUCCGGGAGCGGGAAAGCCGGUUCCGACUGCCAGCGAGAAGAAGUAGUCCGGGUUAGCAAGGUUAGCGCCCCCGGAGCUAGCGAGCUGGAGCGGGUUAUCUCUCCGCCUGGCUUGUUUUUUUAGCCGAUUAUCAGAAAGUCCUUGCGCCUAAUCAUCCCCAGCUGAGGUCGGGGCCCGGCUAUCCAGUGUUAGCUCAGUGAAACCCGAGCAGCUCCCGUUUUAAACCCCCUCCUCCUUUUAGCGUUUGUAGGCUCCCAGAGGUGAAUAGCCCCCGGAGCUAACGGGAGCAGCCGGGCAGUGCAUCCUCCACACAGACCGCACAGACGAUGGUCGGCUGCGAGGAGCUGCGAUUAUCCGCCUGCUAGAAAGGAGCUGAAACACACACUCACACUGAAGCGCCUACGGUAGCCGCUAACUGGACGGACUCUCUGGCAAUUGACCUUUUGCAGUGGAAUAGCGGAAUAAGUCUUGAACAAUGAGCUCAGUGGCAGUGUUGACCCCGGAGAGCUUUGCAGAGCAUCGGAGUGGCCUGAAGGACCAGGAGAUUACAGGCUGUGUCCCGGAGGAUGAGGCCUACAUCCCCACCUACCUGGAGGCCUUCCCUCCACUGCCGGAGAAGGGGGCACCAGGGGAAAAGGCCGGGGAGCCGGCUUCAGCGUGGGGGAGUAAGAUCAGGCCCAUCAAAGCCUCUGUCAUCACCCAGGUGUUCCACGUGCCCCUGGAGGAACGUCGCUACAAGGACAACAGCCAGUUCGGGGAGGGCGAGGAGGCCAAAGUGUGCUUGGACAUCAUGCAGCGGACGGGAGCCCACAUCGAGCUGUCCCUGGCCAAAGACCAGGGCCUGUCCAUCAUGGUCACCGGCAAACUGGACUCUGUGAUGAAGGCUCGAAAGGAAAUUGUAGCUCGUCUGCAGACGCAGGCCUCAGCCACAGUCGCCAUCCCCAAGGAGCACCAUCGCUUUGUCAUCGGUAAGAACGGUGAGAAAUUGCAGGAGCUGGAGCUGAAGACCGCCACCAAGAUCGCUAUUCCACGUCCCGACGACCCCAGCGCUAACAUCCGCAUCACUGGCACCAAGGAGGGCAUCGAGAAGGCUCGUCACGAAAUACUUCUGAUCUCUGCUGAACAGGACAAGCGUGCAGUGGAGCGUCUGUCCCUGGAGAAGGCCUUCCACCCCUUCAUCGCCGGCGCCCACAACCGGCUGGUGCAGGAGCUGAGCCAGGAGACGGGCGCUCGCAUCAGCAUCCCCCCGCCCAGCCUGCCCAAGGACGAGAUUGUCAUCACCGGGGAGAAAGAGGCCGUCGCGCUGGCGCUCAGCCGCAUCCGAGCAAUCUACGACGACAAGAAGAGGAAGACCACCACCAUCUCCGUGGAGGUGAAGAAGUCUCAGCAUAAGUACAUCAUAGGUCCGAAGGGCAACACCCUGCAGGAGAUCCUGGAGACAACGGGGGUGUCUGUGGAGAUGCCCCCUCUGGACUCCGGCUCAGAGACCAUCAUCCUCAGGGGGGAGCCUGACAAGCUGGGACCGGCACUCACACAGGUGUACGCAAAGGCGAAGAGUGUAAUGGUGGUGGAGGUGACCGCUCCGGCCUGGUUGCAUCGCUUCAUCAUCGGCAAGAAAGGACAGAACAUCGGGCGUAUCACUCAGCAGCUACCACGGGUUCAUAUAGAGUUUACUGACGGUGAGGAGCGUAUCAGUCUGGAGGGACCAACAGAGGAGGUGGAACAGGCUCAGGCCCAGAUACAAGAGAUCAUCAAGGACCUGCUGGUGAGGAUGGACUACACUGAAGUCAUCAUAGACCAGCGUUUUCACAGACACCUCAUCGGAAAGAACGGAGCCAACAUCAAUCGGAUCAAAGAGCAGUACAAAGUGUCGGUACGAAUCCCCCAGGACUCUGAGCGAAGUGGCCUGGUCCGGAUCGAGGGAGACCCUAAAGGAGUCCAGCUGGCGCGCAGAGAGCUCAUUGAGAUGGUCCAGAGAAUGGAAAACGAGCGCACCAAAGACCUGAUAGUGGAGCAGAAGUUCCAUCGGACAAUCAUCGGCCAGAAGGGAGAAAAGAUCAAAGAAGUUCGAGACAAGUUCCCUGAGGUCAUUAUCAAUUUCCCCGACCCGGCGCAGAAGAGUGACAUCGUGCAGCUGAGAGGGCCGAAGAACGAGGUGGAGAAAUGUGCCAAGUUCCUCCAGAAAAUCAUUGCUGACCUGAUUGAGAAUAGCUUCUCGCUCUCCGUUCCCAUCUUCAAGCAGUUUCACAAAAACAUAAUUGGUAAGGGCGGCACGAACAUCAAAAAGAUCCGUGAAGAGACCAACACUAAGAUCGACCUGCCGACAGAGAACAGUAACUCCGAGAUGAUCGUCAUUACCGGCAAGAAGAGCAACUGUGAGGCAGCCAGAGAACGAAUCCUCGCCAUCCAAAGAGAACUGGCCAACAUUAAGGAGACGGAGGUCGCUAUUCCCGCCAAGCUGCACAACUCUCUGAUUGGCUCAAAGGGAUGCCUUGUGCGCUCAAUCAUGGAAGACUGCGGUGGCGUCCACAUCCAUUUCCCCUCCGAGGGCUCUGGCUCAGACAAGGUCACCAUCAGAGGGCCCGCUGGCGAGGUGGAGAAGGCCAAGAAACAGCUGCUGCAGCUGGCCGAGGAGAAGCAAGUCAACAACUUCACAGCUGAGCUUCAGGCCAAACCAGAGUACCAUAAGUUCCUGAUCGGCCGCGGCGGGGCCAAUAUUCGCCGCGUGCGCGACAAGACGGGGGCCCGCAUCAUCUUCCCGUCGCCGGAUGACACCGAGCAGGAACUGAUCACCAUCGUAGGGAAGGAGGAAGCAGUUCGUCAGGCCCAGAAAGAGCUGGAAAGUCUGGUCAAAAACCUGGAUGAUGUGGUGGAGGACAGCAUGGUAGUAGACGUCCGCCACCACCGCCACUUCGUGUGCCGGAGAGGCCAGGUGCUGCGGGAGCUGGCAGAGGAAUACGGGGGAGUAGCUGUUAGCUUCCCUCGCACGGGCGCCAACAGUCAGCGGGUCACUCUGAAAGGAGCCAAGGACUGUGUGGAGGCCGCCAAGAAACGCAUCCAGGAGGUCAUCGAGGACUUGGAGUCGCAGGUGAGCGUGGAGGUGGCCAUCCCUCAGCGCUACCACCGUGCCAUCAUGGGGCCUAAAGGUUGCCGCAUUCAGCACAUCACCAGGGAGCACGAGGUCCAAAUCAAGUUCCCCGAGAGAGAAGACAGCUCUGCAGGUCAGGAGGCUCCACCCCAAGAAAACGGUGAUGUCAGUCCAGAGGCCGAGUUUGUCCCUCGCAAGUGUGACAUCAUCACCAUCGCCGGGCGUGCAGAGAAGUGUGAACUGGCUAAAGCCGCCCUGCUGGCGUUGGUGCCCAUAACGGAGGACGUCGAAGUGUCUUACGAGCUGCAUCGCUACAUCAUCGGCCAGAAGGGCAGCGGGAUCAGGAAGAUGAUGGAGGAGUACGAGGUGAACAUCUGGGUGCCGCAGCCGGAGAAACAGCUAGAUGUAAUCAAGGUGACGGGUCUGGUAGCCAACGUGGAGCGAGCCAAACAGGGUCUGCUCGAGAGGGUCAAAGAACUGCAGGCUGAGCAGGAAGACAGGGCCCUGCGCAGUUUCAAGGUAACCAUGUCUGUAGAUCCAAAGUUUCAUCCCAAGAUCAUCGGCCGCAAGGGAGCCGUCAUCUCUCAGAUCAGGAAAGACCACGACGUCAGCAUCCAGUUCCCCGACAAAGGAGACGAGCAGCAGGAGGUUCUGUGUUGGCUCACCUUUCCAGUCACUAAUGUGGUUGCAGGCAGAUGCAGCGGGUCGCCCUUCAUUAAGUCCGCCAAGUUUCUACAGAAGUUUCACAGCAACCACAGUUUGUCCUGCACACCUCACAGCCGCUCUCAGUCCCAGGUCGUCAAACACAGACGACAGAGCUGCCCCCGAAGCAGCCACUAUUUCUGUAAAAAGCUAUGA